GUUGGUUGCCAAUGGGAGCAUCAAGGAAUUGGUGAUGAAGAAGACAGCGUGUCAGAAGAGAGCACUAGACAUUUCUGACAGGACAGCUGAUGUGCUCUCCAAAAACAAGCAAAAAAAAAAAGCCCGCAACCCCAACAAGAACUUCUGCCUUGAGCAGAAACCUAAAUACAUCAAGUGUGAACAGUGUGGAAACCCAAAGGGAAACAAAUGUGUCUUCAACCUGUGCCGAGGGUGCUGCAAAAAGAAAGCCUACAAGGAGGUGGCAGACUGUCUAAGCCAUGGACUGAAGUUUAAAACCAAAGCGGAAAAGCAAAAAGAAGAGGAACAGGAAAUUAUUUGAGAAUAUAUGUGGGAAGGACAUGGAAGGCCCCAGCAGCGCCUCUGAGCCUCUCCUAGAAGCACACAUGCAGAUCAGCCCUCAAGACAGGCAGGCUGUUCUGAAAUGACUCAAAUUAACACUCAAAUACACCCUCUCAGCAGCUUUUAAGUAACCCGAGGAGGUAGUGGUCUUUGGUUACAGGACCCUUACCACAUUGGACUGAGGAUAUAGAGUUAUUAUAUGCUUUUAACACUCAUAUUGAAAUUUGGAUCUUUGUGAACAGAUAAAAACAGUUAAGCAACAAAAUAUUUUUCCUUUUUUAAUGUGGAUUUUCAAGACUACAGAUAGUUACUUCUAAUUCACAAGGAACAUUGACAACUCUGUUUUCAUUUAAUUCCUAUUUGAGAUGGUCACAAUUUCCUCCUACAAACCACAUUACCUUAAUCUAAGGGUUUUUGUUUUUUUAAGCAAUCCUGUAAUCUUUAUGAAGACCAAGCAAGGGUUUAUGUAGAGUUCUGUAUAAAUUUCUCUGGCAAAAUGUUUACAGUGUUUACUAAAAACUUGAGAAAAUUACAUUUGUGUGAGAAGAGCAUGACUUUUUCACUUAGUUUUUUCAUUAAAUGUCAUGAAUUUGGUUGCAUUUUUAUUUCAUUUGGAGGCAUUUGUGUAUACUUACAGGACUGAGGGUUAGCUAGCAGUGCAUUGACUUGGAGUAUGUGCCUUUUUGAUGAGAAAACCACUGCCUAUCCUAGAGUAUGUAAGGGAGAAAUUGAGAGCAAUGAAUUGAUGCUCCGUCCAUUACGUCUUAAGAAAUUCUUGAGGGACAAUAUUUUAUUACAGCAUGUUUUCUUCUGUUGAUAUAAUAGGCAUAACAAGUAAUUAAGUGGAGCCAGGAUGGUCUGCUAUGCCCUGACUACACCGCGUUGUGUUUGGUGCAUGAAUCAGAAGCUGGACAUUGGUUGCUAUCUUGAUCUCGGUUUAUUCCUGCAUGGGUUCAUAAUAAGCAGUCUUAUCCUGACAAAAUGUCUUGCUUGGUGAUAUUCUCGGUGAUGUUCAAUGCCGACUCAAUCAACAAAAGCAACAAAUAAGAAAAAAUAUAAUAAAUAAAUGACAGAUGGCAUGCGUGAGAUUCUUGAGUAAUUUUUGUAUUACCCUAAAAAGAAGUGUAACACUACCUUCAAUGAUUUUACAUAUUUUACCCAAUUUCCCCUCGGGGAUGAAUAAAGUAUUCUGA